GCAAGGGAAACUGGCUUAGUUUCGCAAGCCAUUGUUCUUCUUGAUAAGAUAAUAGUCCAGGAAAACCAUGGCAGCUAAGCUGGAGACUGUCCUAGAAUUAAGUUGCACUCCACAGCAGUUCUUCACUGUCUGGAAGAGCGAAGCCCACCAAAUUCCUAAUCAUACUCCUAACAACAUACAUGCUGUAGAUGUGCACGAAGGUGAUUGGGAGACUGCUGGCUCUCUCAAGGCCUGGAAGUACACUGUAGAUGGAACUACCGAGACUUUCAAAGAGCGAAUUGAAGUAGACGAAGAAAAUAUGAAAGUAACUCUUGUUGGAGAGGAAGGAGAUGUGAUGAAAUCCUACAAGGUGUUCAAGCCAAUUUAUUAUCUUGCACCAAAAGGAAACGGCUGCUUGGCAACAUGUGUUAUUGAAUAUGAGAAAGUGAAUGAGAAUGUCCCAGCUCCAGACAAGUACAUGGAGUUCAUGAUCAAUGCUACUAAAGAAAUCGAUGCUGGCCUUGUUGGGGCAAAAUAAACUGUUAAUGCUUUCAAUGAAAUGAAUGUAUGUAUGUGUGUAUGUAUGUAUGCUAGAGCCAAUGGUAUUGACUGUUUGUGGACUUAAUAUAUCAUGUAUUUAUAUAUUCAAAUAAAUAAGACGCUGCUUUAUUUUGAUUA